AUUUCGAUAUGGCUGUUGGUUGUGCGAAAGACGAAAUCAGAGAGCAGGAAGUGGAAAGCGAACUACCCGAUUUCGUUUUCGCUGUCUGCGUUUUUCCAAACAGAAUCAGGGGAAUGCACGCUUCUCUUCUUGCGCAAAAUCCUGUAUCUGAUCUAUCUUAUAUCGCGAUAUUGUUGGCUGGAACUGUUGGCUGGCUUGCAUGCUGUUGGCUGGCUUAUUGUUGGCUCACUUGACAUAGGCGAGAUUGGAACGAAAAAGUAGUUUUUCUAAGUGAGGAUUAAGGUGGCUUGCUGAUUUUAGUGGUGAGCCAUCAUGGGGAACCAACUGACCGGUGUGGCCCCUUCUCAGAUCCUUCCUGUGGAGCACUACCUGACUGAUGUGUCUGACUAUGAGUUUGACCACAGUCUCGGCAGCACCCGCUUCUUCAAAGUAGCAAGAGCAAAAUACAGGGAAGGAUUGGCUGUGGUGAAGGUGUUUGUAAUCCAUGAUCCCUCCCUACCACUCAAAUCAUUCAAAGAAAAGAUUGAAGAAAUCAAAUCCAGACUUGCAAAUGGCUCCAACUGUUUACCCUUUCUUAGAAGCACGUUAUCUGAUAAAGCCGCCCUUUUGUUCCGUCAGUAUGUGCGUAAUAAUCUUUAUGAUCGUAUCAGCACCCGACCCUUCCUUAUAUCCAUAGAGAAGAAAUGGAUUGCAUUCCAAUUGCUUUGUGCGUUGAACCAGGCUCAUCUUGUUGGGGUCUGUCAUGGUGAUAUAAAGAGUGAGAAUGUCAUGGUUACUGGGUGGAUCUGGGUUCUUCUCACAGACUUUGCUAGUUUCAAGCCAACAUACCUCCCUGAUGACAAUCCUGCAGACUUCUCGUUCUUCUUUGACACCUCCCGUCGCCGUACUUGCUACAUUGCCCCCGAGAGGUUCGUAGAGGGCAGUAGUGCCAGGUCGGCUGACAAUGUCUCAUCAGAGACUGUAGAGGGCCUCCAAGUCAGACAGGAUGUGAAAGGAGGAGAGCUAACUCCUGCCAUGGACAUAUUCAGUGUUGGGUGUGUAAUUGCUGAGCUCUUCACAGAAGGAAAUGCACCCUUUGACCUCUCUCAGCUGUUAGCCUAUCGGAGUGGGGCAUACUCGCCUGACGCUGUACUGGAUCAGAUUGAGGAUGAGCAUAUUAAGGACCUCUGUAAGCACAUGCUGCAGAAGGACCCCUCCAAGCGCAUGUCAGCAGAACAGUAUCUAGUUAAGGGGCGUGGCACGGCCUUCCCAGAAUUCUUCUACACGUUCCUCAAAGUUUACAUGGGAGAGUUUGCCGGCAUACCCAUCUACCCCGCAGAUGAGAAGAUAGCAAGGCUUCGUAAAGACAUGGGGAGUAUCAUGCAGACUCUGGUUGCCAAUAUGGAGGAUGGCGACAACAGUCAUCGCCAUAGCAACAAUGGACUGGUAAUAGUCUUGUCUCUGGUUACAUCUUGCUUGAGAUCACUAAAGUUCUGUGUGUCAAGAUUGGGUGCCCUGGACAUUAUGCUGAUGAUUGCAAAACAUCUACCCGAUGAUAUCAUAUUGGACAGAAUCAUUCCUUGUAUCCUCCAUUUUGUACGCGAUCCAUUUCCAAGAGUUCGAGCAGAGGCCAUCCGCACCAUCACCCAGACCCUAAUACUGGUCAAGUCUGUACCGAGAGGGGACGCCAACAUAUUUCCUGACUACAUACUUCCAAAUUUGUCCAACAUAGCUCAGGAUCCCAUUGACAUGGUCAGGAUGGUUUAUGCCGAGAACAUCGCAGUGCUGGCGGAGACCGCCCUCAGGUUCUUAGAGAUGGUACAGCUAGAUCAGAAUGCUGCUCAGAGUGGGGAAACGGAUGGAGUACAAAAUCCUGCCCAAUAUCAGGCUAGCUAUGACGAUGAGCUUCAGAACCUACAUGGGAUGAUCCAACAGAAGGUUGUCACCUUGCUCAGUGAUCCAGAAAACAUUGUGAAACGGACCCUCCUCGAGAAUGGUAUCACCCGAUUGUGUGUUUUCUUUGGACGUCAGAAGGCUAAUGAUGUUCUACUCUCUCAUAUGAUCACAUUUCUCAAUGACAAGGAAGAUUGGCAUCUUCGAGGAUCAUUCUUUGAUAGCAUAGUGGGCGUGGCCGCUUACGUUGGAUGGCAGAGCUCGUUCAUAUUGAAACCUCUCCUUCAACAGGGAUUAACCGAUCAUGAGGAACAGGUCAUCUGCAAAGCCCUGAAGAGCGUGACUGGUCUGGUCCAACUUGGUCUUCUUCAGAAGCCUGCUCUGAUGGAAAUGGCCAAUGAGCUGGUACCAUACGUCUGCCAUCCAAAUCUAUGGAUCCGCCAGGCCACAGUUGGUUUUAUAGCAGCAAUAGCCAAGUCUCUGAACAUUGCGGACGUGCAUUGUAAUCUGACACCUUUACUCUUGCCAUUCCUAAAAAAGCCCAUCAUACAAAUUGAUAAAGAGGCUAUCAUCAUGAGUGUGCUAAAGACCCCUGUAUCUCGAGCUGUCUACGACUACAUCCUCCGAUCACCGAUCAUCAUAGACUUCUUUGACAACCUGACCGACAGGCAGUUGAUACGUAAUCUGUGCAGGCCAGGUUACAAGCCAGAGUACAAUGAACCGGAGUUGGGACAAAUGGCACAGCUCCUGAGGAAACUACAAUCACAAGGAAUGACGGAAGAGGAUGAAGAUAAACUUCUCUAUCUGAGAGAAAUCAUGUUGAAGCAAUCCAAGGCUAAGAUUGGGAUGGGUGAUCUAACAAACCAAGCGUCAUCGCCCCAUGACCCCUUCACCCCGGGUCAGGUCAACCUCAGCGUCUACCCAGCCAUCCAGAAGAAUCAUGCUGACCUCAUCAAGCCGUCUGACCUCAGGUCAGAGGUCAUGGAUAAGGCUCAAACUAAGAAGUCCAAGAAGAAACAGAGCACUAUAGAUCCAGCAAUGAACGAGGAAUGGAGAAGUAUGUUUGGUACGACCCCUGACCCCAAGCCAGCCAAGCCCUCCCUCCAGCAGCAGACAUCUAUCAACACACCGCCCCUCCAGUCGGGAGGGGACCUCCCACCCCCUCACGCCCCCGUCCAGCGCUCCACCUCCAAGGCCGCCCUCCAUAAAGCCGCCGCCCAGGAACAGACCACGCCCUCCUCGGGUCAGGGGCAGCCACAGGCUCAGGGACAACUCAAGCAACAAGCACAGGCAACGCAGCAACAGCGUGUGGAUCCAAAGGCAGCAACUCACAAAGGGAGUCCAACAAAGCAACAACAGAAAACUGGCAAGCAGGUAUCCCCAACUCAGGCUGAUGCGGGCAAAGGACCAAUCAACAAGGGCCUCAUGGCGAACGAGCCAAUCAGCAUGUCACAGCUCCAAGCCGCUGCUGAAGGAAUACCUGUCAAGAAACCCGUACAGGAGCCGAAGCCUGUAUCUUCUCAUGUCCAAGUCUCUCCUUGCCGGCUGAACCUGCGAAGCCUCGUCACGCGGAAGCGAGAUCAGUAUGCCACAGACAUCAUGAGAAAGAUGCUGAUCCACGAUACUACCUUCAAUGCCAAAGCUCCUCAAUCGUCAUGGAAACCAAGAGGUCUGUUAAUAGCACAUCUCCACGAACACAAAGGUGCAGUCAAUAGAUUACAAGUCAGCUACGAUCACACGCUCUUCGCCACCUGUUCAGACGACGGCACGGUGAAGGUAUGGGACUGUACAAAGCUGAUCGGCAAGGCCAACACCAACAAGUCAAGGCAGACCUACAACAGACAGCCAGGGAAGAUAAAGACGUUGACCUUCUGUCAGUCAUCGCACAGCAUCGCUUCCGGGUCAGACGACGGCUCAAUACACGUCAAUAGGAUAGAAGCAAGUCCACCGAGACUAGCUCCUCUUGACAAGCGAGAGCUGAAUGUGAGCGAGGAGGGUGUCCCGGUAGACCUGGCCCACUUUGAUACAGGUCCACAGUCGGUCCUGGUGUAUGCCACAUCCCAGGGCUAUCUGGUAGGCUGGGAUCUGAGGUCCCCUACGGAGGCCUUCAGGUUACGCAAUCAACAGAGACAUGGUUUGAUCACAUCGUUUGUGGUAGACCCCCAGCAGUGCUGGAUGGCCGUCGGUACAACGAAUGGCAGCCAUAUUUGUUGGGACAUGAGGUUUCAACUUCCAAUCACCACAGUCCAACAUCCCUCAGGUGCUCUGGUGAGGAGGGUUCGUUUACACCCCAGCCAACAGUCCCUUGUAAUCUCAGCGGUGCAGGGGAACAACGAGGUCUCUAUGUGGGAUAUGGAGACAGGGGCGAGGCAGUUUACCCUAUGGGCAAGUCCACACCCCCCUCUGUCCCUAACACAGACUUCCCAGCAUGCUAUCCACGCCCUAUACUGCAUUCCGUCUAUGGAACAGACGCCAUGUUUCUUGACGGCAGGUUCUGAUCAGAGAAUUCGCUACUGGAACAUCACCAACCCUCAGCAAUCGUCCAUCAUAGCGGGAUCGGUCAACGACCCGGUUACACAACUCAGUGUGUCCUACAAUCACCGAGUAAUAGACGGCACCGAAGUCAUCGUUGAAACGUACGGCAAGCAGCGUGGUGGAGCGGGCACAGCAGCGACGUCUGUCAGUGACGAAAGUCAAAGACGCAGCGCCGAGCAGGUUCCGGUCGGCCAUCGAGACGUGAUCACCGAUAUGGGUGUCUUCCAAAUAUCGUCCACAAGUAACGCUUUAGUCACGACCUCACGGGAUGGUGUUGUCAAAAUCUGGAAAUGAAUAUUUCUUUGAUAUUGACUCGUCUUGAGUGGAUCGAUGAAAACGUUGUUUGCGACAGAAUCAUUUUGCCAAAUGAUGACCAUUUUGCUUAUCCAAGGUGCCCUUGAGCAAGAAGUUCUUAUGUCGUGUCAUGCAUCCAUUUACAUCUGCACAAGGAGGACUAGAUUAUUGACGUGCAAACUCAUUAAAGAUUCCUCGGACUCUGACUAGUGUUCCUUCAUAGCUUGCACUGCGUUGCAAAGUCACUUUUAAGUUUGUGAAGCUGCAGUGCUUGGAGGAAAUAAGUGCGUACCUACUGUGCCAAAUAUGUUUAUCCAUUGUUUAAAGGGGAAAGUUCACCCUGAUGUGAAGUGGAUUUCAUAAAAGCAGACAAAAAAUAAAUAUAUUAACAGCUGCGUGGUGACAUCCUUCAAAUCAUAACGAUGUUAUGGAUUUUUUAAGUUUUUAAUUCAAUGAUGUCACAUACAAGAGACCUCUCCCCUACAUGUAUAUGCCAUGUAAAAUAAUUUCCAUAAAUCACCUUUUUUUCAAUGGGCCAUAAUGAUUGAAUAUUUUUUUCUAUCAUAGAAAUAUCUAUGAAAUAACAUAAUGAUAAUAUGCAACAUUUAUAUAGCAUUUGCAAUGUUUCUAACCGCUGCAUACUAUUACAUCGGCAUUAGCACGGCUACCCUGAUCAGAUGCUCAAGCGCUCAAGGAGUUUCUUCAUACCCAUUUACUGCACCUAGGUGGACAUUGGCAAAUGUAGAUAACCGCCUUUCCAAAAGAUGCGAGUGCUGCGGUAGGAUUUAUUAUUAUCAUUAUAAUUUGUUUGGCGUCACCUGUGCCUGGGAGACGAAAAGCAAACUGAAUCACUAUGCCCACAGGUCUCUCCUCCCAAUAUAACUGAUUAGGGGAGUGCAGAUGAACCACUACACCGUAGUUUCCCCCUACUCUUAUACGAACAGUGCAGUGGGUUCUUAACAUGCAAAGGUGGUGACUCUCCUCUAUACGGGGCCUCCAUUUAACGUCCUAUCCGAGGGAUGGAGUGUUUUCUACUGUAACAUAGCCUGCAUCUAUGAAAUGGGGGAGAGACGUUUACACACAACGCAGGCUUCAGUCACUGCCCGGGGUGGACUCGAACCCACGACCUUUGGUUCGACGGGCAGACGCUUUACCGACUGAGCCAACUUUGCUCUCAUGAACCCCAUGUCAGAUUAUAUUUUAAAUGUGCCAGGUAAAAGCCAUUUUCAACUUUCUGAGAAAAUUGCAAUUUAUAGUAUUCACAUCACAUAACAUACAGAGAAUCGAAACUGCUCACAUGUGAACUCAUGAAAUAAAGAUAACAUUAUAAUUCCAUAAAUGCUGUUUAUCUUUGAUGGAUUUCGCCAAACAUUUGUUAAUAUGCAUCCUUCAGAUCAUUUUGUCUAAAGCCAACCUGACAUUAGGGUGAACUUCCCCUUCGAGGCCAUGGUUUGAAUAUACGCAUUGCGCUUGCUUCUUGUAUUCUGAUGGCGUGACACAACCAUCCAGAUUAUACAGCUCAAGGGGGAAAACAUAUUUUACGGGAUGGUCCAGGUAGUUGUUUCAUAAAGCUGUUCAUAUUUGUUACGAGCAACUUUACGUACAGGUACGACUGAUGAUCCUUGAGUAGGCGCUAAAUCAACAUUGAUCAAAAUUUGGCGAAUGUCUGUGACCGCAAGAAAUGGUCACCAGUCGUUCGUAAAGUCGCUUGUAACUUACAAACAGCUUUAUGAAACACCCACCAGAACAGUUGUCAGCAAUGAGGGAGAGCAGGAUAGUUUUAGAGCAAUCGUAUGCAUGUAAUCAAAUGGUAAAGAAUGUUAAUGUUCUAUCGCUUAUCUACAAAUGCUUAUUUUCUCUGAGGUAUCAUGAUCAAUCACACGAUAAAACCUGCACUUGAUAUUGACUUCAAGGUAUGAAAUGUUUUUGGAUCUUGAAUAUUACUUUGUUGACAACUUGAAUGAGCUUUGUUGACCAACGAACGGGCUUUUAAUAAAAAUCUAAUUCUUUGACAUUAUUAUCCAAAACCAAAUAGCCAAAGAUGCAUGUUGAUAUUGCACGAUGUUGUCACCAAAUCAAACAAUUAGGAUGUACUUGCUAAUACAUUUAUUUUGAAAAUGAAUUUCAUUGUCACCUUCACAUUCCAUGUAGUUUGUAUGUAGAAGCACAAUUAACACAAAGUCGCGUGUUAUGAAAGACACAAUAUUUAUAAAAAACCUUGCCUUUUGCAGAAAUUAUCAAAUGUGAAAAUGAAUGUGUAAUAUUGCUGAUGUUAUAUUUUGCAUUUCAUUGUUAUUUUUUAUACUAGAUGCUGGAUAAAAAAAUGUUGAAUAAGCGUUGUAGAUUCUAUUUUUUUCAUCCAUUGAUUGAUGACAUUCAGUAAUGUUUCUGAUAAUGACCCGGCUAUCAGUGGGGUUUAGGUAGAGAGAUGAUCGCCUGUAUUCUCGAAACCAGCCUAGGUUAUAAAACCAUGGCCUAAUUAAUUAGACCAGGCUCAGCUAAAGGUCUGUGCCUGUUAAAGUUAAUGGCUAGUUAAGCCGAGCCUAUCUCCUGAAAUAUGCGACCUUAUGUCAGCAGUCAUAUAUGUAUGAAGUUAGGUGAGACUUAAGGCCAGCGCUAAACGUGAGGUAGCUUUCAAGAAUACGGAUUAAUAUUUGUGCACAUUUGUUUUGAAAAAUCUUCCAUUUUAGUCUGCUAACGUUGUAUUGGUGGUUCACAUUUAUUCUUUAUGAAAAUGUUCUUUGGUGCACUUCAAGCGGGAAUUACAAAAAAACAACCAAAUAACUACCAAGAUUAAUGGAAGAAACAGUUGUUUAUAUGAAGUAUUAUUUCCUUACAAUUGAGACAACAUAAAUAUUGUAGGCCUACAUUGCUUUUGUUGCUUUUAUCUGAUUUUGAAAAUCUUGUAUUUUGUAUUCUCGAAUGCACAUGAAGGUACUCCAUUUCAUGAAAGAGUUAGAAAUUUGUAAUCAUCAAUGACUGUUUUGACUGGAAAAAAAAUAAUGUAAUGACUUAUGUGCAAUCUCGUGGAUUAUGUUAUAAAUUAUAUAUAUAUUUCUAUAACUUUAUAUGUAUCAUGCAAAGAUUAUUAUUUUAUAUUUGUCUAUGUGUUGUUUUAUUUUGUUUGAAGGAACCAAAAUCAGAUUGAGAAGAAGUGCUUCAAAUUUGUUUGAUAUCAAAGUUACUUGCCAACUUUUAGUCCAUGAGAAAAAAUUCGAAUGAAAAGGUAAUUCAACGGUUUUUAGUUUCCAAAAGGGAAAGUUCUCUUUAGAUCUACAUGUGAGGACCUCGUUUAUUUUUUUAUUCCACUGCACUGUCCUCAGUUUACACAUGUAUACAAUCACACACAUACACCCUCACACACACACCUCUCAGUCUGACACAUACAGAAUGGCUAAUAGAGACUUGUAUCAACUUGAGGAUUUCUUCAAAAGUAGGAUUAUAUUCGAAAUACCAGGGGCAGUAUUACUUAUAAAUUUUUUUUCCAGCAGUG